UUGUCGUAGCAACGGGGAAGCUUUCUCUACUUGUUGCCUUUGUCCAACUUGUUGUGUCCAGGUUAAAUAUAAUUAAAUAAUUUAAAUAUAAUAACUGUUUACAAAACAAGUUUUUCAGUUUGUUAUAAAAGUGUGUCAAUGCUUUGGUCAUUCAGAUAGUGAUUAAUUAUGUCAGAAACUAUGUACAAUAUCGUACCACACCAAACGACUGUGGACAACAAUGAAUUCGUCAAAUUUUCUAACUUUGUUUAUCCGUACAUGGAUUUAAGAGCUAGGGAUCAAGCACUAGAAAAUAUAGAGCAAAACAGACGUCUUAGGAAAAUGAAGUUCCCCUCUUUGAGGGGAAGACAUGACGUGGACUCAUUUCAAGAAGAUAUCAGAACUAAUAACAAUUUCACAAAAUGGAAUGAAAAUGGUGAAUUCCGUGCAACUGCACCAUGCAGAUCAUAUGAUAAUGCAAUUGACCCAACAUCUGGUUUUGUCAGUGCAGGUUAUGAUGUCACUGAUAACACAGGCCAUUUCAAUAUUCAGUCAAUGGUUCAGAAUAACAAAUCUCCACAGUCAUUAACACCUUGCAGAAUAAGUACCAUCCGUAAUGAGCCUGCAGCUCCUCCAGAGUUGAAGCAUGAGAAUAUGCGUACUCAAACUGCACCAAUACCAUGGAACAGUCGUAAAACUUUAGAUGUAUGCAUAAGAUCUAAACUAGGAGGUUGGACUAGUGAUGUAGACCCCAGAAAAACGCAUAAUACAAAACAAAGACCAAAGACUUCCCCUGCAGCUGAACAGUCUAGGAUAGAACGAGACAAAUUAGCAUUAAAGUAUAUUUAUGGAACUUCAACUCAAAGAGCUUAUGAGGAAGUACCUUGGGAUCUCAUUUUACCUCCGAGGAUCCGCCCACCUGUAUCAACAAUGGAAGAUAAGCCAGAUAAUGUGUCUCAUCGCUGGGGAGACAAGCGGUAUGCAGCAACUGCACAAGAAUGGCAGGCGGUAGGCCCAAGCCUUGAUAGAUUUCUUCCACGUAAAGGACACUACAAAGAUGGACCAAUUAAAUUUUGUAGCCCUUGCUCAAGAGUACAGCAAAUACCACUUUACAGUGGAUGCAUUGGAGCUGAAAACUUAGACGAAGUUGACAAUGAAAAAGAAAAAUUCGAACCAUACACAGUAAAACGUAAUCCACAGCCAAAACCAACAGACACUUCCCACCGUCCCAAUAUACCUCUGUAUGAUGGAUGUACUCUAUGGCAAGGAAGUUAUGCCCCUGCUCACCAAACACGUGCAGUGCAAUUUGAGACCUCCACUUCAAGUGUACAUAGAUCGUUUCCCACUGAAUCACCAGCUGCAUUACACAAGAAAGGGGCAGAUUUUGCCAAAAUGGUUACUCUGGUAUCUCCUGGUAAUCCUUACAAUAGUGUGAUGAAAGAACAAAUUCAAGUUUAAAAAGAAGGAAAGAAAUGGCAUUGAAUGGCAGACUUUUAAUUUAUUGACCAAUGUACUUUUUUGCUAGUGUUUUUGUUAAAGGCAGUUAAUUUAUGGGAAUGGUUCAUAUACAUUUUUUAUAUUGCUAAUAUAGUUAUUUGCAUUUUUGUAGAACUAUGAUUUUUUAAUGGUAAAUUGUAUUCAAAUUGUUAAAACUUAAGAUGUACAUUGUAUUUUUUUUCUUGCUUGAUUCACUGUAAUUUUCUUUUUUUUAUUGUCAGAUAUAGUGAUGGCUGUUUUAUACUGUAAAAUUUCUAUAAUUCAUAUGGCAUAUCUAGGGUCUUG